AGCUCCCGUUUCCUCAGCCCUGAAAUCAUGCCCCGAGGUCUCCUGUGGUUGGGCCUCACCCUGCUGGGGGCCCUGCAGACCGAGGCCCAGGACUCCACUCCAAACCUGAUCCCGGCCCCACCUCUCUUCAGGGUUCCUCUGCAGCCAGAUUUCAAAGAUGACCAGUUCCAGGGGAAGUGGUACGUCGUAGGCCUGGCAGGGAAUGCAAUAAAUAAAGAAGGAGACCAGUUUACGAUGUACGCCACCGUCUACGAGCUGAAAGAAGACAACAGCUACAAUGUCACCUCCAUUCUGUUCAGGGACAAUAAAUGUGACUACUGGAUCAGAACUUUUGUCCCAAGUUCCCCACCCGGCCAGUUCACCCUGGGCAACAUUAACAAUUAUGGUAGAUUACAGAGCUACACGGUGCGAGUGGCAGCCACUGACUACAAACAGUAUGCCAUGGUGUACUUCAAGAAGGUUUCUAACAACACGGAGUACUUCAAGACCACUCUCUACGGGAGAACCAAGGAGCUAUCCCCUAAACUGAAGGAGGACUUCAUCCGCUUCGCCAAAUCUCUGGGCCUCACUGAUGAGCACAUCGUCUUCCCUGUCCCAAUCGGUGUCUCGUGUCUCUCCACCCCAUUUCUCUCGUGUUGGCCUCUGCCCAGGGUGCCACUCAGCUGCCCCACCAGCCUGAUGCCAGUGAGAGAGCUAGGAGACCUUUCUCAUGGUGCUGGCCACCCAGCUGCUCCCCAGGCUACCCUGAUGAUGGAGCCCCACCUUGUCUGCUAAAUAAACACA